AUGCAGGAAAAGGCCUUUGAAGCAUUCACCAAGAAACAGAAGAUGGCUCCCAAGAGCUUUGCUCUGCCUUCACCUAGAGUUAAUCAUGCUCUUGAAGGAGCCGAGAGUAGUAAAAGAGGGGGAUCUCCUAUGUUCCAGAAAAUAUCUCCAUCAGAAUUGCAAUACAGAAAGGCCAAUAAUCUGUGCUUCAAAUGUGGGGAUAGAUAUGGGCCCGGGCAUGUAUGUAGUAGGAAGGGGAUUCACAUGUUACUCGUUGAUGAUGAAGACAAAAGGAAAUUGGAGGAAUCAAUCUUGACCGAAAGGGCAGUGAUAAAAUAUAGUGGGGCCAGUAGUCAUAAAGAUGUAGAAUUUUCCAUCCACUCUAUGACUGGUGAACUGCUGCAGGGCACUAUCAAACUGAAGGGGAAAUUUAAUGGGAAACCACUCUCAAUAUUUUUAGAUGGAGGAAGUUCUCACAGUUUUGUUAAAGCUUCAGUGUUCGAGGAAAAUCCUCAAUUAGUAGUACCAAGGAAAUCGUUCGCAGUCAAUGUGCCUAAUGGGCAGUUGCUACAGUGUAAUAGCUGGGUUCCACGGAUGACUUGGGAAAUGCAAGGGCAUACAUUCACUCAUGAUGUAUAUGUGCUUGCACUUGAGCCGUAUGAUAUGGUAUUGGGGGUCGAUUGGAUGAGAGAGCACAGUCCUGUAACUUUUGAUUUCAAGCAUCUGCAAUUCUCCUUUAAUCAGGAAGGGCAGGAAGUGAAGCUACAAGGAGAUUUGAGAGAGACAGACAUCAAACUGAGGAAGGGAAAAACUGUCCAAAAGUUUCUGAGACGGAAGAAGAAAGAAACUCUCUGCAGGCCAUGUGUUCUAGCAGUUGAUAAUCCUGAGGUAACAUCUCACACUGAUGACUCCAUAAGUGCACUCUUGGCUGAUUAUACUGAUGUGUUUGGAGAACCUUCCACCUUACCCCCUAUUAGACAGUUAGAUCACAAGAUACCCCUUAAGCCAGAUUCUAAACCUUUCAAGUUGAUUCCUUAUAGAUAUCCCCAUACUCAGAAGAAUGAAAUUGAAAAACAAGUUCAGGAAAUGCUAGUUAAUGGCAUUAUUCAACCUAGUCAUAGCCCUUUCGCUUCACCUGUCUUGCUAGUUAGAAAAAAAGAUGAAACAUGGAGGUUUUGUAUUGAUUAUAGACAGUUAAAUGAAAUCACCAUUAAGGACAAAUUUCCCAUCCCUAUCAUUAAUGAUCUCUUGGACGAGCUCCAUGGUUCCAAAGUAUUUUCUAAAAUUGAUCUCAGAUCUGGUUAUCACCAUAUCAGAAUGCAUCCCCAUGAUAUACCCAAAACAGCCUUUCGAACUCACAUUGGAUUGUAUGAAUUCCUUGUUAUGCCAUUUGGGCUUACUAAUGCCCCGGCAACCUUUCAAGCACUCAUGAGUUCAAUUUUUAGCCCUUUCCUCAGAAAAUUCGUAUUAGUCUUCUUUGAUGAUAUUUUAGUAUAUAGCCCAGAUUUAACUACCCAUCUUAUUCACCUUAAACAAGUUCUGGAUACUCUCAGAUAUCAUAAACUUUAUGCUAAACUCUCCAAAUGCACUUUUGGUCAGCCACAGGUUGAGUACUUGGGACACAUCGUCACCAAGGAUGGAGUAGUUGUCGCGCCCCACUUUUUGAAUGUGAUGUGA